AUGCGGACCUAUUUACCGCUGCGCCGGGAAAUCUACCAGCACCUUUGUGCCACAUUCGACGUCGCCCCUCCUCACAAUUUCCGCUUUGAAAGUACCCAUGCUGCGGAUCCAGACUCCGAUGGCGUCGAUAUCCAAGGUGCUCUGGGCUUCUUUGCACGACGACGCCAGGGUGAGCCGUACCCAUCCUGGCCCCUGACAGCCUCAGACUCACCUGAGCAUUAUGGCCUCCCCGUCCACGCCAAUGUUGAUGAGUUGGAAAAUUGGCGCGAGUGGUAUAAUAAGCCAUGGGUAAGGCCAGGCCACACAGGAGGACGUUUGGAUCUUGCCAUAUUGCGCACCUGCCGCCGUAUUUAUAUCGAAGCGAGGGAAGUGGUAAUCAAGAGCUACGUGCACGUUGUGGAUACAAACUGCGGGCCUGCCAAGAAGAGGCUGAACAUACAUGAUCCGACGACGCCAUACUAUACGAAUGGGGUUUCCCGUGCACAAAUUUAUCCCAACAACCGGUAUCUCGAGACCUACUUGUUCGAUUUCAUCGCGUCUGGUGCGGUACUACGGCGGCUCCAACAUCUGCGCCUCACUAUCCGCAGCAUCGACUGGAACGGAGCGAUAAGCGUAAAUCCUUUCCGAAUCGAUAGCGGUAUUGAUAGUUGGGGAAACUGGAAACGAGGCGUCAUGCAAAGUGACAUGAGGACGUGUGAAAAUUUCAGCACCAGGCCCGUCGCUCUUUCGGAUCAACCGCAGGACGCUCAGAACUGGGUUCCGCCGAUUGAGUAUGAACCGUUUUCGUGGGGCUUGACAUUCAUGUACCUCCCACAGCUGACUAGCCUUACCAUCGACUUUGAGGGUACUGAGAUGCAAAAGGACAAUAUCGAACCUAUUGUUGAGUGGGCAACUCGGACGUGGCAGUUUCCCUAG